UUUUUAACAUUGUUAUGCUAAAUACCUUAUCUUCAUCUUCUAGUAUAUAUAUUUUAUCCUGUUUCUUUUACUAAGUUGCAUAUUUGAGAAGAGAGACUUUAUGUGUUUGCGUGUUUUUAUUUAUAAUUCUCCUCGGUUCGGUUGUGAAUAUGAAGAAUGGUGCUUCUUGCUUGUUUGAAACAAAGGUCGAUUUCUCUGAAGCCGUGCCUAAAGGCAUAUUGGAUGAAAUCUCGAGUCCGAUCAAUGCGCAAAUAUUUGAUUUCUGUGAUCCCGAGCUGUUCGCAGAGACACUUCAGAGCUCCGAGUUCAAUUCUUGCUCGAAUUGUUGUUACGACAAGAAUUCACCAUAUACUACAAAUCUAUCUAAUUCCCCGGAUCAAACAGAUAACAACGGCAAUGACAAUGGCAAUACUGUUGCCGCUGCUGCAUCGUUUGUACCUGCUAAUGACGCAUCGGCUGCAACUAACAUAACAACCAACAGUACUAGUAAUCUGACUGCUAUCUUUGAUUCCCAAGAAGAACUUGACAAUGAUAUCUCUGCUUCCAUAGACUUCUCUCCAUCGGCUUCGUUUUCGAUCCCUCAAUAUCUCACCAUCCAGUCGGGGCAGUUCGACGUUUCUCAAGUGCAGUCUCAAAUGCCAUUAAUAGAUCCCAUGAUUGAGGGGCUUGUGCAGUGUCCUAUGGCUCCAGUUGGAACUCUCAUCGACGAAGAUCUACCGUCAAUUUAUGUCGAUGAUUGCCUGUCUUCCUUGACUUCCUACAUGCCACUGAAUCCUUCUUCCCCUUCAUGCUCGUUUGUCGGAGCAACCAUGGCAACUUACCUCCCCACUACAUCAAUGACUCCUGCUACAUCGACUGUCGAAAGUUGUGGAAUGUUCUCUCUCCUUGGCGCAGAAUUGCAACCACAAGACCUCGACUAUCAAGGAGACAACUGUGGACUCUACAACCAAGACUGUAUGCAGGGGACUUUCAAUCCAGCAGACCUUCAGGUGCUUAACAAUGAGAAUCUACAACUGCCUGCUGGGGCAAUGAACUGCACUUCUUUAGCAUCAGAUCUCUCAAGCUUAAAGGACAGUACUUUCAAAGUAGGAAAACUCUCCAUGGAAGAGAGAAAGGAGAAGAUUCAUCGGUAUAUGAAGAAAAGAAAUGAAAGGAACUUCAGCAAGAAAAUCAAGUAUGCCUGCAGAAAAACGCUGGCAGAUAGCCGGCCAAGGGUUCGGGGACGGUUCGCAAAGAACGACGAAUUGGCAGAGAAUCACAGGGCUGCUUGUAGCAACCAUGAAGGAGAAGAAGAAGAAGAAGUAGUUGUGAAGGAAGAAGAUAGCAUGGUUGAUUCCUCAGAUAUCUUUGCUCAUAUCAGUGGAGUGAACUCCUUCAAGUGCAACUAUCCAAUCCAGUCUUGGAUUUGAAUUUUUUUAUGUUGUUUAUUAAAAAUAAAUCAUCAAAAAGAAAAAAAAUGAGAAAAAGAAAAAAAAAAAAGGAGAAGAGAGGAAGAAACUACAAUUUUGCAGGACCCAAAUACAGAUAUGAACACAAGAAUAAUAAUUAUGAUAUGUAGUAGAAAGAGAUAGUGAAGAAGGGUCAUAAAAUAGAAAUAAGUUUGAGUCAGGCCACCUAGCAAUCAGACUUUAGAAGUUUUCAAUUUGUAGAUAUCUCAUCAACAAAUUCAAAAUCCUUAAUUUGUACAUG